AUGGCCCCCAAGAAAGCCGCCACUGCCACCAAGGAGAACGUCACUCUCGGCCCUCUGGCCGGAGAUGGCAAGCUCGUUUUCGGUGUUGCCCGCAUCUUCGCCUCUUUCAACGAUACCUUCGUUCACGUUACCGAUCUCUCCGGUCGCGAAACCAUCUGCCGUGUCACCGGUGGUAUGAAGGUCAAGGCUGACCGUGACGAGUCCUCCCCCUACGCUGCCAUGUUGGCUGCCCAGGACGUCGCUACCCGCUGCAAGGAGCUCGGCAUCAACGCCCUUCACAUCAAGAUCCGUGCUACCGGUGGUAACGGUACCAAGACCCCCGGUCCCGGUGCUCAGUCCGCUCUCCGUGCCCUUGCCCGCUCUGGCAUGCGCAUCGGCCGCAUUGAGGACGUCACCCCUACUCCUUCCGACUCUACUCGUCGCAAGGGUGGUCGCCGUGGUCGUCGUCUGUAG